AUGGAGGAUGCUUCCACCAAGAGAAUCUCGGAUUUUGUUCCUAUGGGCCGUAUUGAGAAUGAUUCCACAAGGAGAAUCUCGGCUUUAGUUCAGUUUGGCCGCAUGAAGGAUGCUUCCACCAAGAGAAUCUCGGAUAUUGUUCCUAUGGGCCGUAUUGAGAAUGAUUCCACAAGCAGAAUCUCGGCUUUUGCUCAGUUUGGCCGUAUGGAGGAUGCUUCCACCAAGAUAUUCUCGGAUGUUGCUCAGAUGGGCUGUAUUGGGAAUGUUUCCACAAGGAGAAAGUCGGCUUUUGCUCAGUUUGGCCGUAUGGAGGAUGCUCCCACCAAGAGAAUCUCGGAUUUUGCUCGGUUGGGCCGUAUUGAGAAUGAUUCCACAAGCAGAAUCUCGGCUUUUGCUCAGUUUGCCCGCAUGGAGGUUGCUUCCACCAAGAGAAUCUCGGAUUUUGUUCCUAUGGGCCGUAUUGAGAAUGAUUCCACAAGGAGAAUCUCGGCUUUUGCUCAGUUUGUCCGCAUGGAGGAUGCUUCCACCAAGAGAAUCUCGGAUUUUGCUCGGUUGGGCCGUAUUGAGAAUGAUUCCACAAGGAGAAUCUCGGCUUUUGCUCAGUUUGGCCGCAUGGAGGAUGCUUCCACCAAGAGAAUCUCGGAUUUUGCUCCGAUGGGCCGUAUUGAGAAUGAUUCCACAAGGAGAAUCUCGGCUUUUGCUCAGUUUGGCCGUAUGGAGGAUGCUUCCACCAAGAUAUUCUCGGAUGUUGCUCAGAUGGGCUGUAUUGGGAAUGUUUCCACAAGGAGAAAGUCGGCUUUUGCUCAGUUUGGCCGUAUGGAGGAUGCUCCCACCAAGAGAAUCUCGGAUUUUGCUCGGUUGGGCCGUAUUGAGAAUGAUUCCACAAGCAGAAUCUCGGCUUUUGCUCAGUUUGGCCGUAUGGAGGAUGCUUCCACCAAGAGAAUCUCGGAUUUUUGCUCCGAUGGGCCGUAUUGGGAAUGA